GGCGUCCCAUGGAGCCUGAGCCUGAUGGAGGUGAAGUUUCAUAAGGUGAGGCUCAUCAUGGGUGCUGUUGGUUCGGGAGUGUCCGUCCGAUUGGCUGGAGGUUCAGGUGUUGCAAGACUUAUCUCAGGCUUUCAGCUCGCCGACUACAUAGCGAACGCCUCGCCGAGCAGGGCUUCUAACCUCCCAUAAUCUAGACAAGUUCUCUGAUACUCGUCUCUUUCUCUUUCUUCUCCGAGCCAUUUUAUAUAUAUCUUCCGAAACCCGCCCACAGCCGGUGAUGUCAUCCUCAGAUCUCAAAGGCUCGUUCUCCUUCGGCUCGGGUGACACACGGCUUCUCGUCUCAUCUCCUGAAGGAGAGAUCACAGCCGCAGUCUCAUCACAUGCCAUGUCACUUGCGAGCCCUGUAUGGAAGAAGUUUAUAUCUCCGCCAUGGCGGCCGUCUCAGAUUAGCAAGACGAACAAAACCUCGAGGUCAGAGGAAGACGGGGGCGCCAGACUUAGUUCUGGAACGCAGCUUGACGAACCGCUGGACUUCAGAGAAGACGAUGCAGACGCCUUGCUUCUGAUCCUUCGGAUCGCGCAUUUAGAUUUUAUUUCGGUGAAGAAACGCCUGAGUGUUGAGGAGCUGUACAAUCUUGCGAUCUUGUGUGACAAGUAUGACUGUGUGCAUUUGAUCAAGCCGUGGGUGGAUGAGUGGUUCAGAGACGCGCCGCUUCAGAUCGUAGGGGAAUCCGCAAAACGUAUUUUCAUUGCCUGGUCUUUUGGGCGGACUGAAAGGUUUAGAAUUGCCGCGUCUCUACUGCUCAUGCAGAGUGGUAUGGAUGAAGCUGGCCAGCUUCUGGACUUGAAAGGACAGGCUAUACCAGAAGUAAUGCCUCCGGGAAUAAUAGUGGCUAAGGGAUGUGCAGAGGAGAUCAUGUCCCUUCGUCGGACGGCGAUAGAGAAUCUUCUUGAGAUCCCACGACGCCGAAUCAAGAGCUACAAGGACAACAAAACCACCAUGUGUCGCUACAGUAGACCUGGAUGUGACGCUAUCAUAUAUGGUUCUCUAAUCCGUGGAUUGGAUCUCCGCAACCUCCAUCCAGAUAUGAAGCCCGAAGACGUUCGUCUGAGCAUCAGAACCCUAGCGGAUGUAAUCUCCAAUCUCGAGAUUUAUCCAUAUUAUUCAGCGAAAGGCGGUGUUCAUGACGACUGCUCUCUCUCGGACUUCGCAUCAGCUACCGCAUCGGUGCUUUCAAAUAUCGGCAGUCCCGUUCUUGAAUCCCACCUUCGACACAUGAAGGAACAGUCAAGGAAACUCCUCGGAGAAUUAGAUCCUUGA